AGACACCAUGCAGCCACUCCCGCCACACGUUUCCACGAAACGCUUUUCCGUGUACCUCUGGUGAAAAUUCAAGGUUCUUCCUUACUUAAACCAAAUUGUUUUGUGUUUCAGUAGAUUCUAGUGUACGUUUACUUGGUGUAUAAGUGUGUGUGUUUAUCCGGAUUCCGUGGCAGCGGCAGCAGUAGUAGCAGCGGAUAGUCUCGUUCGAAAUCCGGAAAUUGUAGGUCCAGUAGCGUCUCCUAGGAAAAGAACGUGUUUGUUGGUGGCUGGAGCGAAAGAUAACAUAUUUAAAUCUCUAAAGCCUUUAGUGUAGCUAAAUUUACGAAACUCUCGUGUUCACUCGUGUUUACCUGCCCGGUGCGACGACUGCAUUGCUUAUCAUUAACAUAAAACGCCAGCUGUUAAUUAGGAAAAUUGAAUCGCUCUAGUGCUAAACGAAGUAGCUAAAUGAAAUGCAUCUAAAACUUAAAUUUGUUACCAGUGAUGUAUGGGACAGUGAUCCCGGUGUUGAUCUAGCGGACAUAACGCUAGAGCUGGGCGAGAUCGAUUAUGGCCGGCAGCUCGACCAGCGGUUUGAACAGGCACCGGUACAGCUCACUAGACGAUUUCUCAAAGGAUUACCUGCGCUAGAGCCACCACCUUCCAAUGCGCACAAGCGUCACCAAUGCCCGGGUCCGGCUGGUGCUACUCCCGGUGAUGAUGAUCGUCCCCUAUCGCCACUCUCCCGACCAUUUCCCCAGCCAAAGGCUAGUCAGCAUGUGCACACCUUCCCGCGCAUGGCGCCACGGUUGCAGCCCCCCGACGACGACGAAGACGCGAACCGCACGCCAAAGCACAAGUUUUUCCGCAACUAUAGCUUCGAUUUUCUCAAGCAAAAGCAGUUGAAGGCAAAGAUUGCGUCGGCGGUGGAGAAGAAACACAUCUUUUCGAUCGUUGGCCACUAUCCGGCACUGCGGAAAGCGCUCAAAACACGCCACUGGCUCGAAAAGCAAACCUUCCGGAGUGCGCUGCUGCGCGAACUCUCCCAUCACGCGCUGCUGCAGAAGGCGUCGAACGGUAACGAGUACGAGGAAGCACUCGUGUCCAAGUACCUGAAGCCGUACCUGCCGUACUUUAUCUGGCAGCAUCGGAACAUGCGCGACUGCAAGCAGGACCGCUUCUACGCACCGUACCGCAGCCGCAUACACUACGAGCGGCCGUACGAUUUUGCCGUGAAGGAGAACCUGAUCCGCCUGAUCAAUGCGUCCCACUGGCAUCAAGAGGAAGGGUUUGCCGAGCUGGACUACCCGCGCACCUAUCUGCUCGAUACGGAGGACAUCAUUACCAAGUUCCAGGAGGACUAUCAGCUCACGAUCGUGAGCAGCUUCCUGCACCACAUGGCCAAGCAUCUGGAGCACGCGUUCGACGACGAGGGCACGCUACCAACGGACGUGCUGACGACGGCAAUGAAGUAUCUGCGCUACUAUCUCGGCUGUGCGCAACACGAGGACAUCGAUCAUGAGGAGUUUUGCGAGCCGCUGCUAACGCCGGAGAACAGGCACGAGAUGGAGCAGCUGCUGGCGGGCGAGGCCCAGUUCUGUAGCAUACCCGGGUACGAGGUGCUCUCGCUGGUGGCGCAGGUGAAAAAGCUGGUGCACGAGGCGGCCAAAGUGUUUCCGGACAUGAAGAUCGACGGGAUACGCAACAUGUGGAUACUGAAGCCCGGCAAUCGGUGCCGCGGGCUGGGCAUAAUGCUUUUCAACGACGAUCGCAAACUGCUCGAGCACGUGGACAGCAAUCCGGACGUGAAGUACGUGGCGCAGAAGUACAUCGAACGCCCGCUGUUGAUACACUGCACCAAGUUCGACAUCCGCCAGUACUUUCUCAUCACCUACACGAACAACGUGCUGAAGGUGUGGAUGUACCGGAACUGCUACCUUAGGUUUAGCUCGCGCCAGUUCAAUCUGGACGAUUUUAGCGAAUCGAUCCAUCUGACGAACUACUCCAUCCAGAAGAACUACGCGAAAGAGGUGCGCGAGGGUGCGGAUGCACUGCCCGCGAGCAACAUGUGGUCACUGAAGCGCUUCCAGGAGCAUCUGCAAUCGCUCGACAAGGGUUUCUACUGGGAGCGCAAGAUCUAUCCGGACAUGAAGAAGAACAUCCUCGCCAUCGUCUGCGCCAGCCUGGACGGGAUGAAGAUGGAGCGCAACAUGUUUGAGCUGUAUGGGGCCGAUUUUAUGGUGACGGAAAACUUUCGUACCAUGCUUAUCGAGAUCAACACCAGCCCCGAUCUGUCCUCGUCCACCGACGUAACGUCCGUCAUUUGUCCGGCCGUGCUAGAAGAUCUUGUAAAAGUUGUAAUCGACAACACGAAGGACAAACGAGCUGGAACGGGACAGUUCGAACUGAUUCAUUCACUAGAGAUACCGCGUGUGGCACCGUACGGCUACGGACUGACCGUCGACGGGCGUUCGAUGCAAUCGAAACAUCGCUCCAAAAGUCCACUGUCCCCGAUCAACACGUCCACAGGACCGACGGUCGUCUCUACCGCCACAUCCACACCGAAGCGAAGCACAGCAGCGGCAGGAACGACCGUAGCAACAACAAUCGCAACAGGGGGAAUAAUAUCGACCGGGGCAAAUGGCGGGAAUGCGAAACAUUCCCGCUACGCCGCCAGUAGCUCGGAAUCUUCAAGCAGAGGCAGCAAAACGUCGCUUACGAGCGUCAUUUUAGACCGGCCGCGUACGACGCUGAAGUAAGCGGCCCUGUGCCUGUCCCGGUGGUCGGGGGAUACCGCUUCUUAACGGGCCCACCACAGUUGUUCAUAGCCCUAGAUUUGCUAGCCGAAUUAGUUCAUGGAAAUAGCAAAACCAACCAAAAACUGUAUACUUUCGAUAUGACACACAUAGCUAUAUUUCUAAAUACAUUUUAUGUCGUUAUCAGAA